AUGAAGCGCCCGCAGCUUCGGCCGCGCUGCCUUCUGGGAGCUGUAGUCGUCCUGUCCCCACACCACUCCCCCAACCCCGGUCCCACCUCCAACGAAAAGCAUCGCGGCACGGCCUGGAACUACCAGUCCCGUCAGGCCUUGCGCAGGGAACCGGCGGCGCGCCCGGCCAGUGUCGCGCGCCGAGAACGGGGCGGGGAGCCGGAGGAGGCGGGGUCAGAGGACCCCGAGUCCGGCUCUUUCUUUCACAAGCAACGGAUACCUCCGCCCCAGCCCUUCUCCCUACUGUAUGCUGCCAAGGUCCAGCGGGCCCCCAGCCCUCUCCGGGUCAUCGUCCCGCACCUCCGCAGCUCCACUCCGGGGACCCCGUCCCCGCCCCCCGAACCUCUGCAGCUCUCCUGUCUCUGCUCGGCCCUCGGUCCCACCCCCACCCCCUGGGGUCGGCCCUGA